AUGCCCCUGUGUGGGAAGGGCACGGCCCGAAGCAGCCCGCUUCAGCGCUAUGCGAAGUCAUUGGCAGCCAAGGGCCCGGCGAGUCCAUCGAAGCCUCCGAUGCAGUUCCCGAUGUACACGCUGCCCGUGGAGAGGCUCCUGGAAAUGGGUGAAAUCGAACCCCAUGAAGUGCUGAAGGAGCGAGGUCUCCUGGUGGAUUUCGAGGAGAGCAUGGGCAAAGCAGCUUUUGUGUCCCACCAGUGGGUUGGCCAGAAGCAUCCGGACCCAGAGUUCAAGCAGCUCAGAGUUCUUCAGGAUGCUUUGAAGCACGUGCUGUCGAAGAUGCCCUACAUCUGUCUGGACUUCUUCACGGAAUUGCUGGUCUUCGGCGCUAAGCCCCUUAAUACGGACGAGAUCAGGGGAGAGCCCCUCUUCAUCUGGUAUGAUUACUUUUCCUGCCCCCAGCUUGACCUUCAAAACAUCGGCUCACUGGAGGGUGGGCUACGGAAUGCUCAAGGUA